AUGUCGGACCCCUGCUCCUUCUCGUCCCCCUCCAGGUGCGUCACCAAACACCUGAACCUGCACCUGCGAGUGGACUUCCGGCGGCGCGUGAUCGCGGGGACCGUGGAGCUCACGGUGGAGGCGCUCGAGGACAACUUUUCUCUACUGACUUUGGACACCAGAGAUCUGAACGUCGUGUCGGUGUCGGCCAACCAGCAGCCUGCUCGCUUUACUUUAGCCUCCAAACACAGCUUCAAGGGGACACAGCUGGACAUCACGCUUCCCUUUCACCUGUCCAGGGGGCAGCAUGUCAUCGUCCAGGUGGUGUAUGAGACGUCUCCGUCUGCAUCAGCACUGCAGUGGCUCACACCUGAGCAGACUGCUGGGAAGAAGCAGCCUUACCUGUUCAGCCAGUGUCAGGCUCAUCACUGCAGGAGCAUGGUCCCCUGUCAGGACACCCCAUCAGUAAAGCACACCUACUACGCCCAGGUGUCUGUCCCUAAGGACUUGGUGGCAGUGAUGAGUGCUGUGAGGGAUGGUCAAGAGGAGGACCCUGAGGACAGCAGUCGUAUUGUCUACAGGUUCCGGCAGCCGGUGCCGAUGCCAUCCUAUCUCAUUGCCAUUGUUGUUGGAGCUCUGGAGAGCAGGGAGAUCGGCCCCAGGUCUAGAGUCUGGUCUGAGAAGGAGUUUGUGGAUAAAGCAGCGUUCGAGUUCUCUGAGACUGAAACCAUGCUGAAGACAGCCGAGGAUCUGGCUGGACCGUAUGUUUGGGGUCAGUACGACAUUCUGGUUCUUCCUCCAUCUUUUCCAUACGGCGGCAUGGAGAACCCCUGCCUCACCUUUGCCACGCCUACUUUACUGGCUGGAGACAAAUCUCUGUCUACUGUAAUUGCCCAUGAGAUCUCCCACAGCUGGACAGGGAACCUGGUCACCAACAAAACCUGGGAACAUUUCUGGCUCAACGAAGGUCACACGGUUUACCUGGAGAGGAUGAUCGGCAGACAAAUGUACGGCGAGCAGUUCAGGCAGUUUAAGGCCAUGGGCGGUUGGAAGGACCUGCAGGACUCUGUGAACACCUUUGGACCCAACAACCCUUUGACCAACCUGGUUCCUAGUCUUCAGGACGUCGACCCAGACGAUGCCUUUUCCUCUGUGCCGUACGAAAAGGGCUUCGCUCUCUUGUACCACCUGGAGGAGCUGAUGGGAGGACCAGAGGUCUUCAUGGGUUUCGUGAAGUCGUACAUUCAGCUCUAUGCGUACGGCAGCGUCACCACUGAUGACUGGAAGAACUACCUGUUCACCUACUUCAAGGACCAGGCAGAGGCCCUGAACCGGGUGGACUGGAACGCCUGGAUGUUCACUCCUGGGAUGCCUCCUGUCAAACCUCAGUAUGACACCACGCUGGCCGAUGCUUGCAUUGCUCUGAGUCAGAGGUGGACCAAAGCCGGAGACCAGGACCUGGACGGCUUCAGCGAGUCCGACGUGAAGACUCUGUCUUCCCACCAGCUCAUCGAGUUUCUGUCCCUGCUGCUUCAUGAGAACCCGCUCCCUCUGACUCAUGUGAAGAAGAUGCAGGAGGUUUAUGGUCUCAACACUUGUACCAAUUCUGAAAUCCGCUUCAGGUGGCUGAAGCUGUGUGUUCGCUCCAAGUGGGAAGAGGCGGUUCCGCUGGCGCUGAAAAUGGCCACCGAGCAGGGCAGGAUGAAGUUCACUCGGCCGCUCUUUAGGGAGGUUUUCAACUUCAACAAGUACAGAGACGAAGCCGUUCAAGUGUUUGCGGCCCACCGGACAGCCAUGCACCCGGUCACUGCAGGACUGGUUGCCAAGGACCUGAAGGUGGAUGUCAGUGGCACCACUGCUCAGUGAGACCAGAACCUCUAAUGUGGGACCAACAGAACCAGCAGGAGGGUCAAAAUUGUUGGUUUCAAACGGGUCUGUAAGAACAAAAAAUGCUUUGAGCAGAAAUAAAAUCUUUGCUGAACCGAA